AUGAGCAACUGCUGCUCGGAAUCUUGUCCGAUAGUGGGGCUUAGAUCACACCGAAUGUUAUGUGAAAACAUUAAUUUCCUCUCGUCCUCUCUUUUCCUAUUCACCUCUUCCUCUCCCACUCUCAUCCUUCCUUCUUCUCUCAUUCUGUUCCUCUCUUCCUUCCUCACCCUCUUCCUCCCUCUCUCAUCCUGUCUCGUACUACCUCUCUCCUCCUUUCGUACACUCUCACUCCCUUUAUCUCUUCCUCCCUCAACCUCCCACACUCUUCCUCUCAUUCCCUCUCGCAUCUCACCCUCCUCUCUUCCUCUCAUUCCCUCUCGCAUCUCACCCUCCUCUCUUCCUCUCAUUCCCUCUCGCAUCUCACCCUCCUCUCUUCCUCUCAUUCCCUCUCGCAUCUCACCCUCCUCUCUUCCUCUCAUUCCCUCUCGCAUCUCACCCUCCUCUCUUCCUCUCAUUCCCUCUCGCAUCUCACCCUCCUCUCUUCCUCUCAUUCCCUCUCGCAUCUCACCCUCCUCUCUUCCUCUCAUUCCCUCUCGCAUCUCACCCUCCUCUCUUCCUCUCAUUCCCUCUCGCAUCUCACCCUCCUCUCUUCCUCUCUCUUACUCUCCUCCAUCUGCCAAGCCUCUCCGCCAGUCUCGUCGUCACGCCAACCUCUACGGCGCGCAGCGAGCACCAUCGGCUCACGCCCAUCGGCUCACGCCCAUCAGCUGCUCCAACGACAGCUCCUCCUCGCUCCCCGUUCCUCCGCCCAUCGUGCCGCUCGCGCGCAUCGCCACGUCGACCUGCCGCCUCCGCGCAUACUACAUUCCGCCUCCGCCGAACUCCCUCGAUUCCCCACCCCCCGCCUCUGCCAUUUCCCAGUUCUCUGCCGUUGCGCCCUUUUCAGCACAGCAUCUGCACUUUCUGCGCUGCGCCUCGCCGCGCAAAUCUUCUCAUCUGUUCUUUGCGGAUGCCCUCGGGCAAAAGGAAAGGUAUUUCUGCGCUACAUACCCCGAAUGCGUUGCUUCUACUGCACCUUGUUCCUUCCAGGGCCAGAAAGGCGGCCUUGAAAUGCGACCCUGA